AUGAAUAACCUCGCUAUCACGCUCAAUGAUCAGGGUAAGCUCGGUGAGGGAGCUGCCAUGCAGCAGGAGGUGCUCGAAAAGCUACAGCGCAUCCUUGGCGAUGAGCAUUUAGACACAAUCACGGCCAUGUCUAACCUCGCUAUCACGCUCGGCGAUCAAGGAAAACUAGAUGAGGCAGCCUGCGUGCAGCAGGAGGCGCUCGAAAAGCUACAGCGCAUCCUCGGCGAUGAGCACCCGCACACGAUAUUAGUUAUGCAUAACCUCGCUAUCACGCUCAGCGAUCAAGGAAAACUUGACGAGGCAGGUGCCAUGCAGCAGGAGGUGACCGAGAAGCUACAACGCAUCCACGGCAACGACCACCCAGACACAAUCACGGCGAUGUCUAAUCUUGCUAUCACGCUCGGCGAUCAAGGAAACCUCGAUGAGGCAGCCUGCAUGGAGCAGAAGGUGCUCGAGAAACGGCAGGUCAUCCUCGGCGACGAGCACCCGGACACAAUCACGGCCAUGUCAAAUCUUGCUAUCACGCUCGGCGAUCAAGGAAACCUUGAUGAGGCAGCCUGCAUGGAGCAGAAGGUGCUCGAGAAACGGCAGCGCAUACUUGGCGACAAGCAUCCGGACACAGUCACUGCCAUGAAUGACCUCGCUAUCACGCUGAGAGAUCAGGGCUGCCUCAUCGAAUUUUCCUUGAUCGCCGAGCGUGAUAGCAAGAUUAGACAUGGCCGUGAUCGUGCCUGCAUGCGCAUCGCUGAGGAUGCGCUGGAUGAGCACCCGGACACAAUUGUAGGUAUGCAUAACCUUGCUGUCACGCUUAGCAAUCAAGGCAAGCUUAAUGAGGCAGCUACAAUACAGCAUGAGGUGCUUGAGAAGCAGAUGCACAUCCUCGGAGGCAAGCAUUCAGACACGACCACUGCCAUGUACAACCUCGCCAUCAAUGCAGUCAGAAUCUAUAGUAUUCAAACAAAGGUGCUGCUUAUGGACACGAUGGAGGGGCUAAAAAAUAUUUAA